AACUACAUUGUGGUUGUUUUUUGGGCAGCGCUCUCAGUGGCCAUCGCAAGCAGUCGGAACAUCUCGUAUCCGACUACGCGUUCAGAUUCCAUGGCUCGUGUCACGAAAAUAAUAUGCGCUGAUCAACCCUACAAAUACACACUGGUGCACAAAUGUUUCCUCAAAGUGGUCAGAAACAGCCCAACCGAGAUGACGAUCCUGGCGGAACUCAUUGAGCCACAGCCCGUGGCCCUUUUCAGAUUCGAUGUCUACUACAAACUAACCUCGUACCAGAAAUUUUCAUCGUUCGAUUUCGAUGUCGAUCUGUGCAAAUACUACAAGGACGGAAUGCGUAGUGAUAAUUUCAUCGUAAAUUAUACGCUGGGAAAUUUACUUGAGGAACUUCCGUCGUUCAAAUGUCCGCUGAGUGGAAACUUUAGCAUCAAUCGCUAUGUUGCUGGAAGGUUGACGUACCCCUCGAUUUUUCCGGAUGGAGAGUAUCGAUUCGACUUACUGACGCGGCGUCCGGAUAACGUAACGUUGUUCUAUUUGCAGUAUUUCGCCACUUGGAGGAAUAAAAUGUUCAUUCGGUAGAU